AGUUGAUUACACGUUGAAGUUGCGACGUUAUGUGUACGAAAUUCACAUACACAACCCGACUAGCAGUCUGUGAUUUGACGAUCAACUCAUGCUGAAAUAGAAUGUAAGAUUCAACACACUACAUAUUGCAUCUACAGUUUAUCAGACAAAGACAGUUUUGUGGUGAAAUCAAAAUGAGGAUGAGGACAUUCUUCCCUAACCAGAACACACUACGUAUUCUACUUGUGUUUAUGGUUAUGUUUUUAUUGGCUUUGUUUUAUUUUGGAAGUUGUUCUAAAAGGAGGGUUGUCAUCCCACCAACUAAAGAUUACAAGGUCAUGAUGUAGAGGUUGUCUACCAGAUCCAUGAAGAAAUGCCUAUGAAAGAGUUCUAUUUAGGACAGCUUGCUGAGAAAGAUGAACAGCACAGAGCAGAGGUUGAAACAUUAAAACAACAAAUUACAGACUUGAAGGCGGAGAUAAUACGACAAGCUGGGGCCUACCAACAAGUGGAAGAGAAUGGAAAACAGGGGGUGGAGUUGCAGGAAAACAAAGCCAUAGCUAAGAUUGACACAAAUUAUCAUGCUUUGAAUGACUACAUGCAACAGCAAAUUAAAAAAGCAAAUACCCACCAACCAAUGAAAGACGAGUAUGAAUUAAAUAUCUUUAACAGUUUCACAGCAAAACUUGUUUAUCAUAUUGACGGUGGGCUUGCUCACCGCCCAUCUGAAAAACCUAAAGCAGAUAAGAAGGAUGACUUAGUGGAAGCUGUGUAUUCUGCCCUAGAAAUGCUGAACUCAGAAAUUGAGGACCAUCCAGUUUUCAGUGUGGAUAAUUUUCUAGAAGGACUGUAUCGUACUGACCAGACUGUUGGUUCACUGUAUGAUUUACUUUUUAAAAGUGACCAUGAUGGGCGCUAUCAUAGAAUUGAACUGCUGAGACCAUUCGCUCCGAUACAAAAACUCAGAACAAGUGUUAUAGAGCCACAAAAACAGACGAUAAACAUGAUUAUUCCUUUGUCUGGCAGGCUGGAAAAGUUUUAUAACUUUAUGGAAAGAUUUGAGGAAAUUUGUAUCAAGACAGACAAAAAUGUGUUUUUAACAAUUGUGUAUUUUGGCCAAGAAGGACUUGAUGAAAUCCACACCACUCUUCAAGGUAUUUCUAUUAAAAACAAUUACAAGCAAUUUAAACUGAUAAAUCUGGAAGGAGAUUUCUCCAGAGGUCGUGGGCUUGAAGAAGGUGUGAAAAGCUGGCAUGGUGAAAAUGUACUUCUAUUUUUUUGUGAUGUUGAUAUUGCCUUUUCCUCUGAUUUCUUAGAGCGUUGUCGCAUACAUUCCCAACCUGGUAAAAAAGUUUACUAUCCAAUUGUCUUCAGUCUUUACAACCCUGCAAUUGUGUAUGAAGACCAAGUGGUAAUUCCGCUGGAAGAAGACCAGCUUCGUAUUCACAAAGAUACUGGAUUUUGGCGUGAUUUUGGCUAUGGAAUGACGUGCCAGUUUCGAUCAGAUUUUGUCAACAUUAAAGGGUUUGAUAUGGAUAUAAAAGGCUGGGGUAUGGAAGAUGUUCAUCUUUAUCGAAAAUACUUGCAUUCCAAUCUUUCGAUCAUUCGUGUUCCAGACCGUGGUAUUUUUCAUUUGUAUCAUAUUAAGAACUGCGAUCCUGAGUUGACAACUGAACAGUACAAGGCAUGCAUUGGGUCCAAGGCAUUAAAUGAAGCAUCACACACUCAGCUGGGCAUGCUGGCAUUUAAAGCUGAACUACAGGCACAAUUAGAGCAAUCAAAGGCCAAACAAGUAGCUCAACAAAAAUAA